UGGGAUUUUGGAGGCAUGCGAAGGGGUGCCGUUCAACAUGUGGUGACUCUCCGCAUGCCGGGCACUGGUUGGGCACAUCUUCAUUCAUUCUGCUCAGGUACGAGUAUAGCCAGCUGCAAUAUCCAGGGCUAAGUUGGCCUAUUGUGGUGUAUAUUUCUGGCCCUGGGUUUGACUCUAUGCCCGCCCUGAGCAAAAGAAUACGCAGCAGUAGUAUCCCCUAAAUGGAACAACGUUUGACGGAUUUCGCCGACUUAAACGGGGUUAGAUCAUCGAAACAACAGCCCUUGGUCGGGUAAAACCCGAGUCAUUCCGGAACGUAGAACGAGGUGUUGUGGAAAUGCUUGUCGGUGCGUUGUUGUUCUUGUUGUUGUAGGGCACUACUAAGCCCCGCCUAUUUCGGUACAUCCCUCAAUCAUUGUCGUCAAGCUCAUCUAACGGUAGGCCUAGGAAACGGGCAGUUUUAAUAGCGUUGGACCAAAGGGAGAGGUGUGUUAGUUGAGUGGGAUUGAGCUGGCAUGAGAAGAGGUGGUUGGUAUCGAGCGAGGAGUCUCCACAUACCGGAGACUCAUUGGGGACAUUGAGGUGGAGUCUGGACAGGUAGCUGUUGAGGCGGCUACAGUAACCAGACCGUAACUGGGCCAGGGUAACGCGGGUUUCUUGGCAGUUGAUGCUCCGUUUCUGCAACAGGUGGUGAUUGGGCUCCGAUCACGGCAUUCAUAGGCCGAGUAGGUGGUGACCGACUGCAUGGAAUGCUGUUGAUCGCUCGCCGGUACGUCGUCGGGUCUAGUGGUGGGUCUAUAUAUGUCUGGACCGCGUCCGUAUAAAUGAAUAGGUGCCCCCUUGCGUGCCUGGGUGGAGGCUCCUCCUCUAGCAAGGGUCUGUUAGGGUGUUCAUUUCUGUGACACCCCACCAUAAACUGCUUACAGAGCAUUUUGUUGUGCUCCCUUAUGGGGAGCACUUGGCCUGGCUGUGUAGGUGGUGCUCUGGCGACACCAGAAGGCACCCUGUCGCUGUCCGGCGUUCUGACAAGUCUGUAGCUUCGUCCACUGCGUCCAACUAUGUUGCCAGCGUUUCUUUGUCUUUGCCCCAGAUGCUGCUGGCGAGCGACUUGAAGACCUUGUUGCGGCUCUGAGAAGGAGAGCAGGCUAUCAUAGGUGAUCCCUAAAAUUUUUGGGUUGUUCACUGUCGGUAAAGAUGUGCCAUCGACGUGAAUAACUAAUUGAAGCCUGACCUCCUUCGUCAAGGUGGUGAAGAGUGUCGCCGUUGAUCUCGUUGGGGAGAUUGUUCAGUUCCUUGUAGUCAAGAAGCGAGAAAGGCUGGAGAGAAAGCCGAUGUCAACUCCAUUACGAGACGCAAAUAUCAAGCAGUCGUCAGCGUAUGAGAUCAGGGAAACUCGCUCAGGUGGCUGGGGAAGCCACGAGAUGUGGAAGUUGAACAGUAAGGGGGAGAGGACACCACCUUGUGGAACCUCUUGUUUUAUUCUUCAAGGUUUCGAGGUUUGAUCUCGGAAGAUUGCUGACGACUGUCUACCAAUCAUAUAAUUCGCCGUGCACCGUUUGUGUCCCUGUGGGAGAGAGGAAUCCUCUAUGUCUUCUAGUAGCGUGGAAUGACAGACAGGGUCAAAUGCCUUUGACAAGUCCGAGCCGGUGGAGUGCAAUAAGGCCCGCGGAAAUAACGCCCAUGGGCUUUAAUUCCCAAAAAAAGAGAAAUAAAGACCAUGGACGUUAUUUUUAUUUCGAAGGGGAAACCGCGUCCAUCAAUAAAAGGCAAUAAGCGGGUUUUAUUUCCUUUGCGAAAGAGCAAUAGUGGCAGCGGGCUUUAUUUCCUAAAGAAAAGGAAAUAACGCCCGUUUGAUUUAUUGCAUUGAAAAAGAAAUAAAGCCCCUGUUUUUAAGUCUUCAAUGCGAUGCGCAUAUUUGUCCUCAGCGUCUUAGGUUUUUCAGUGGUCGCGCGAUGGCGCCAACGCGGACCGCCGCGGUUGAGCGCCAACAGGCUCUCAUUUCAUUUUUUAGGAAAUGAAGCCCGCAGGCGUUAUUGCCAUAUCGAAAGGAAAAUAAUGCCCACCGGCAAAAGGCAAUAAAGCAAGCGGGCUUAGUUUCAUUUUCGAAAAGACAACAAUUUCCGCGGGCUUUAUUUCUUUUUUUUAGGAAAUAAAGCCCAUGGGCGUUAUUUCCGGGGGCCUUAUUGCACUCCACCGUGCGAGGCUACUAUGCUGAUGCUUCGCAGAGGUCAGGUGGUGGUUGAAGUACGGGAGUAGCAGGGUCUCUAGUGUCUUUGCGACCGGGGAAACGAGCUUUAUCGGGCGAUAAGUCUCCUUUGUGGGCGGGUUUCCCCGGUUUCAGCAGUGGGACAACUCUCCCACACAUCAGGGAUGAUGAGAGGUAUGAGGUUGACUGAAGACUGCUAUCUCUUCAAACUGGCUGUGGAGUCCGUUGCAGUUCAGUUCUACGAGUUUCGUAUGCCUUGGGAGGCUUGUCGCGGUACGCGGGGUGAGGGACGUGUGGGAUCGACCUUAGGCCUGUUGCGCCCAUCGCAUUUGCUGUUGCUUCCUGAUGGUGGGUGGCUGCAGUGGGUGCGAUAUUGUCUGCAACGGCAGCGCUCUGCAGCAGGGGGCGCGGUAACAUGGGUAGCCGUGGAGGCGGAUGAUGCCGUUUGGCUUAUAGACAGGGAGGCCAAAAAGCUUGUGGUCCACUCCCUGUGAGUCCUAAGGCCAGAACAAGAUCUUGAGUGACUCCAUCCGUUGCAAGAGUUGCACCUAACCGAAGUGGAGUUCGGAUGGAGUCGUAUCAAGCAAACGCAGCAGAAGUAUGUUUCUAGUCCGGGGUUGGGCUUAAUACCCGCCUGGAGAAGAAGGAUGCGGAGCAAUUCAGUUGCAAGGUAUUGCUCCAUGAACGUAAAAUGAUUGAUGGGUUUCGCCGAUCUAAAUGGGUUUAGGUCGCGCAAACAACAGCCCUUGAUCGGUUAAAACCCCCCCGAGUCAUUCCGGUACUUAGAACGGGCUGUCGGGGAAUGAUCGUCGGUCCGGCGUCCAGUGGUUGUUCGAUGUGAGUCGGAACCGCGUCCUUGUACAAUAAUUAUACAUUAUACAUAAAUCUCUGUUGUUCCGGUUACGUAGACUUGACUGUUAACUCAGCUAAUAUUAAAGGCUGCCACGACAACCACCAAUACACUGCGCAUAAUGGGUAUCCACCGGAUACCAAUAUCAAGUUUGUUUAACAAACAAGCGUUGUGCACUCAUUAGUUUACUUCAGACCACUUCAGACAUUCCUAUACCGAAGUAAUUCUCCACUUUUAUGUUCCAUUUUACAUACAUAUAUAUGUAUGUAUUUCGAAUAUAACCAAAGCAAUUUCAAAACGAUUUUUCAGUUUAUCGAGAACGAAGCUAAAUUGAAUGUUAAAUAGAUAACAAUUAAUUUCGUAGAAGAAUAAAUAAACACAUAUAAAUAUUUAAAAAAAUUCUAUCAAUUUCCAUACAUAAUUGCUAUGGCCCAUAAUACCGUUAUAACAUGGGAGAAGCCGGUGCCGCAUUUGGCAUUAUCCGAUUGGAAUGCACGCGUGAAUCAACUACGUAACGUUGCGGAUGCAAGGCGUGGUGAUGCUUUCGAUAUCCGUCAAUGUUCACGUAACUUGCGCAAUGAAACGCGCAUCGAGGCCGACUGGAUCAAUUAUGAAACUAAUGAGGCAUUAGCGGAACGUAUUGCAGAGUUAGCGCGCUGGCGUGAAACUGUCGCUAGAACACUGGAUCGCAUUGUGAAGGAAGUGAAAAUGCUGGAGGAGGAGAAAGCUUCAACAGAACGAGAACUAGAAGCUAUGCAGACACCCAUUAGUGUUGUUGGUGAAUGCCUUACAAUGCGCGAUUGUCGCUUAGGCUCUGAAUUGACUUAUGACGAUGCAGAUACGGAGAUUAAAAAUGAAUUGGCGGUAAUCGAGAAUAAUCAACGACUUCUAGCCGAUCAAUGUCAGAACGCUUGGGAAAAGCUCAAUCGUUUGGAGGAAGUUAAAUUCAAACUCGGUUUAGAGGUCGAAAAUAAAGCUGAGGCUGAGGUAGUGGACGUAGCGCAGCUGGACUUGAACAAGUUUGCUGCAAAUAUCACCUACAAACCUGAUCCAUUGCGUAAUCCUAAAAAUUGUUCUACCUAUCAAGGAUGGCUGGAGCACACCAAAAAUAUAAAGCAACUUGCUGAAAACGAACUGGCCGAUACAUACGCUAUACGGGAAACCUUAUUUGUCUGUCGUGAGAAGGCACGCAAUAUGCUAUUAUCGCAGCAGGACCGAGCGGAGCAUGCCAUACGCAAGCGUAUCUUUGAGACGCAACGUGCCCGAAACGAGCUUGAAUGGCAGCAAAUGAAAAUGAAAGAAGAAAUGGAGAAGACAGUUUGUGAAAUAAAAACACUGGAGCAGGCUUUGCGAGACAAAGCCGAUGCACUGAAACUUGCUGAAACACGUUUGGAGAAUCGCGCACAACGUUCUGGCAUGGAAUUGUGCUUGGAUGAGGCUCAUGACCAACUUUGUUUAGAAGUACAAAAGCUUCGAGACAUACGACGUCGUUUGAUGGACAGAAUCGACGAGACUAAGGCAAAUUAUAACCUACUGGAGGAACAUGCACAAAAAAUCGAUGUUGAUUUGGAGAACAAACAACAUUCCCUUAUGACUGAUAUUCGCGCUUUAGAUUUGCGCCAACGUUUGAAAGGUGGUGAAUUUAGUCAAAAACAGCAAUCACCGAGCGCUCAGACUGAUCGCAACAUAGUACUAACGAAAAUGGAAAAGGAAAUACCAAAAAAUUAAGUGUUCUUUGCGUUUGCAUAGCUUCUUUUCUCGUAUUGCGAACAAUAUACUAUAAACGUUUGUAUGCAUAUUUUUACUCUAUGUAUGCUUUUGCAAAUUAAAUAAAAAUAUAAAA